GUAACCUUCUAACUGUUCCCCCCCCCCUCCCCUCCAUACACCUUUGUCUACUUUGAUAUCACACUUGCUGCAUUUACCUGUUCUUCAUGCACUACUAAGAAGUAUGACAACAUAAAACUGAUCCACUUUUGUACGAGGUUCUACGUUGAUUUCGCGUGUUUGUCUAAGAGUAUUGUCACGUCAAAUGUUGAUUUUAUCUGAGAAAUAAGCAAGAACCAACAAAUUUCAGAAAAAAAAACUAGUACAUACUGAAAUUAUUCUUAUCAAAAGUUAUCGAUUGGAGAAAGUAAACUCUAAACACUAUUGAUUAUUUGACAAUGUGUAAAAAAGAACUGCAUACUUCAUACUCGUGACAGUAUUUCUUACGAUCUAGUCGUCAAACCUUUUAGUUUGUGUGCUCAUAUAGUCUAAAGCGUUAAGAUUACUCAUGUUAUCUGAUUUAUUUAUGAAACUGGUAACUUCUCAAUAGUAGUAAAGCUUUUAUGGAGACUAUUUCUUAUAUUCUGUAUACAAGCGGUUCCAUAUGCGUAGUGACUUUUAAGUAUAACAUUAACGAGGAAUAUUCUUUUCAAUAAGUUCUGUCGCAUCAUCAAGUGUCUAAAAGUAAAAAGAUGCAAUUGUCCAGUGUAAAAUGACAGACCAAGUUUAAGGUCAUACCAUCGAGAAAACGAAAAACAUUUAUUUUAUUUUACUUUUUCCUCUCCCUCCAAUUCUCUUCCCCCCCCCCUUACCCAUGCAUCCCCUAUCCCCUGUACACUGUUCAUAUUUAGUAUGUUUCCGCCUUUGCUGUAUCUAGUAUGUCGUCGAAUGCAAAUCGGAUUGGUAAACCAUUCAAUCCCCUGUUAGGUGAAACAUAUGAAUUACAUUAUAACAAUUUUGUAUUUGUUGCUGAACAAGUAUCACAUCAUCCACCGAUAACAGCUUUUCAUGUUGAAUCAGAAAAUUAUCAUCUGAGAGCUACUGUACAAUUUAAAAUACGUUUUUGGGGUAAAUCUAUCGAUGUUCAACCAAAAGGAUUAGUUACAUUAAUGUUAUACGAUUAUAAUGAGGCAUAUACAUGGCAAAAUGUUAAUUUAACUUUACACAAUAUAUUAAUGGGUAAAAUAUGGAUUGAACAAAUUGGUUCGUUAAAGAUUACAAAUCAUACUUUAGGUAUAUACAGUCAACUAGAAUUUCAUCCAUCUAAUUGGCUUGGACAAGGUUGUAAUCGUUUUACUGGUGAAUUGUAUAUCCCAUCAAAUUUAGACAAUUUCAUUUCAUGUUCUUAUACAUCAUCGAUUAUUGCUGCCAAUAAAUCUGAUUCAUAUGUAUUGAAGAAAAUAAUUUUCGGCAAUUGGUCUCGUGGUUUCUUCACUGUAGAUCCAAAUAUAUGGAAUGAACGGGAAGAAAUAAGUGAACUACAAAAGGUGAAUAAUAGUAGUGAUAAUACUGAAUCGUUGAACAAUUCAGAAGGUAAUGAUACACCUAAUGAUUAUGGAUUUGAAAUACCAUUGAAUGGGCAACAUUGUUUAUGGUGUGCAAAACCGAAACCAUCCAACUCAUUGGAAUAUUAUAGUUUUACUGAGUAUGCAAUUGGUUUAAAUGAAUUGAAUACAAUACAGAAUUCUUUGAAUUAUAAUGAUCAAAGUUGUACAGUAAAUACUACUACUACUACUACUACUACUACUACUACUACUACUACUACUACUACUACUACUACUACUACUAUCAAUGAUAAUAUCUUAAAUUGUAUAGAUAAAAUGAAUGAAAUUCCAUGUGAAAAAAAUUCAGUUUAUGGAAAAUUUCUGCCUCCAACAGAUUCUAGAUAUCGUCCAGAUUUACGAUUAUUUGAAAUGGGUCAUAUUGAUGAAGCGGCCUCAGAAAAACUCCGUCUAGAAGAGAAACAGCGUCAUACACGUAAGCUGUUAAGUCAACGGAAGAAUAGCAGUGGUUUCAGUUGGUCCCUUUCAAGUGGUCAUAAAACAGGUAGAGAUUCGUGUUCCGUUACGCCCAAUUCCACUAGUGGUAGUGGUCAGACAAUAAAAGGCGGUAUCACAAAUAAUCCCUUCAGAAGAACUGUCUCAUCUAACUCAACUGUAACUAAUCAAGAUGAUUCGCAUUGUGUUACAACCACUUUUUCAUCUGAUACUACUGAUGUGAAUAACAGUAGUCCUAUUGUUGGCCCGGUCUGGUUCAUUGCAUCCGUUAAUCCAUUCACUAAGCAAGAGGAAUGGAUAUUUACGGGAGAAUAUUGGAGUAGAGAUUGGAGAAAGUGUCCAGAUUUAUAUUGA